AUCCAUUUCUUGUUCAAAUCGAACGACAAAGCAAUGGAAUAUUUAAAUUUUCAUCACCAGUGAUUGAUCUACUUUUCAAUGUAGAUAGUGAUUCUCCAACACGGCCUUUCGGUAGUGCUAAAGCUCAAUGGUCAUUUAGUGCAACUGGUAAUUCUUUUGCAUAUACUCGACAAUAUGAUGAAAAUAGUACAGUAGCUUGGACGACUAACUUGGAUAUAUUUACAGUUGAUUUGAAUGCACCUACAUUCGAAAGAUCGAAUACGCCAAUAACUCUUCUCGACAGUAGCGAUCUAAGUAUUCAAGUUGCAACAUGGUCACUCAAUGGUCAAUCUCUUUAUCUUGAAGUUGGCGAAGAAGCCCGAAAUGUUAUCUAUUAUUUAUCUGAUAUAUUUACGAGUCAAUCACUAGUUCGUCUAGUUAGCAAUGGUACUUCGCACAAUAUCAAUAUUCAUCCUAUCAACGAUCGAGUAUUUGUCUGCACACAUGAAAGUAUCCUCGAGCCACCAAAUAUCUAUUUGUAUUCAUCAGAUGGUUCAAGUCGAUAUCUUACUGUUCAUAACAAUGUUCUAUUGACUAAAGUAAAAAUGAGUACUAUAGCUGAAACAUUUUCAUUUGUGGGUGCUCGCAAUGAAACAGUUUGGGGAUGGCAUGUGCCACCGGCAAAUGGCACAAGCAAUCGAGCUCCACUUGCUUUUCUCAUUCAUGGUGGUCCGCAAAGUAGUUGGUACGAUGCAUGGAGCUAUCGAUGGAAUAUUCAAUCCUUUACUUCUCAAGGUUUCGCUGUUAUUGCAAUCAAUUUUCAUGGUUCUGAUUCAUAUGGACAAAAUUUUACAAAUAGUAUUAUAGGUGAAUACGGAUCUUUGCCUUAUGAAGAUCUCAAAUUGGGACUUGAUUAUGCUCUGAGAAACUUUCCUUAUAUUGAUGGAAACCGAGCUGCAGCAUUGGGUGCUAGCUAUGGUGCAUAUAUGAUCAAUUGGAUUGCUGGACAUCCAGAAAUGAGUAGUCGUUUUAAAACACUCGUCUGUCAUAAUGGUGUGUCUGAUACAAGAGCUAAGAGUUAUUCCUCUGAAGAACUAUGGUUCACCGAACAUGAUGCAGGAGGCAAACCUCAAUAUGAAGAUCCCGAUGCCUAUGAACGCUACAAUCCAGUCAAUCACGUUGCAAAUUAG